GAGUAACCACUAGUUCCACCCUCGUUGGGACUCAUUCGCUGGCAAUUGGGAGACCUGGCCCUUGGGCUUUAGGGUCCAGAUCCACGUCCACAAAUAGUUGAGGCCCGUUACCAUGGCUUUGGGAAGAACCUCCCCCAUUGUUGCUGCUGGAUGGUUUAGUUCGAAGUAGUGGUGGUGGUGUCGCUGGUGUUUUGAUCUAUGGAUGCAUGAAUGAUUCGCUGCGCACCGCAGCAACAAAAGCAACAACGGUCGUAAUGACACCAGAAAACAAUUGAAAUAAUUCUAGCAGAAAUUUUCGUUAGCUCACCGACCCAGGGCAGCCAACUUUAUUCGUGAUGUGUGCGUUUUUUUUUAUUUUGUGGCUCAGUUUUCAUUUCAACGUCGAACGAACGAAAAGUUGCAGGCUAAAAAACGGAAUUUUCGGUGGAAAAAUUCACACAUAUUUCGUUUUCGGGAAAAAUUGUAUAAAACAGGAGUGCGAUAAUUAAUAAAUGCGCUUAAAUGCGCUGUGAACUAUGCAAAAGUUAUGUGCUAAAAGUGAGAGCUAAAAAGUGAGUGUCGCAACUGGCAAUCAUGUGGAAUGCAUUAAGGAUUCAGCAGUUUUUCCGGCUGCUCCCGAUUCUGCUUCACCUGUCGCACUUUUGUUGGGGCCAACAGACGCACAUUAAGUUGGAGCAGGGAGAUAUUAUUGGGCUCAAAGUCUUUCCGGAUGGAACACGUGGCGCUGUCUACGCUUUUUUGGGCAUUCCCUAUGCACAGCCACCUCUCAAUGAACUCCGAUUUGCGCCCGCCAAACCGAGUUCCAGUUUCAACCGAACCCUCCAGGCCACCGCCAUGCAGCCCAUUUGCCCGCAGCUCUCGAACACCAUUUACGACGAGACCUCGGAUGGAAGUAUUCCCAGGUCAGUGAGCACGGAUGAGGACUGCCUCUACCUGAACAUUUGGACCCCGGAAUCGGGAAUGCGAUAUGGCAAACUGCCCGUCGUUGUCAUCGUCACGGGUGAGGAGUUCGCCUACGAUUGGCCCAGAAAUCGGAUCAACGGCUUGGAUCUCGCCGGCGAGGGAAUUGUGGUGGUCAGUGUCCAGUAUCGGAACAAUAUCUACGGAUGGUUGACUGGGGAGAGCCACCGUCAUGUCCCUGGGAAUUAUGGACUAAGUGAUGUCAGGAUGGCUUUGCGGUGGAUCCAGAGGAAUGCAGAUGCUUUCGGUGGCAAUCCAGAUCAAAUCACUCUACUGGGACAUGGAAGUGGAGGAGCUCCCUUGGCAUUGGUUGCCGCUCUAGAGGAAUCCCGCUUGGUCAAGCAACUGGUGCUAAUGUCACCCGGUCCCAUAAUGCGAACUUUGGGUCGCAAUCAUCAGCAGAGGAUUGUGGAAACUGGUCAGGUGAUGAUCCAAAAAUUGGGCUGUCAAUUUGAAGAGGCGCAACGUCGUCAAUUGAUGGGAUGCUUGAGGAGAAAAAGUCGCGAAGAUUUGCUGCGUGCCUACGAAAGUGUCUAUAACCAUGGCAAUGGAAGCUCCCAGCUGGGAGUUUUUCUACCCGAAGGGUUAACGUUCGAGCAGCGAUUGCAAAACGAAACGCUGCCUCCCUUGCUGCUGGGCAUCACCUCCAACGAGGGAGCCUUCCUGCAGGACUACUGGUUGGAUGUGGCCAGGGAGGGACAGGUGGCUCUGCAGAAGUACAUCAACCACACUCUGCUGCCGAAUGUGCUGAGAGCUCUGGAAUCGGCGGGCGAGGAGAGCUCAUCCCAAAUGGCAACCAUUAGGUGGAGGUACUUCAACGGAAAAGGUGAGGGGGUCAUCCACUUGCUGGGUGGAAUGCAGCGCCUCCUCUCCGAAUCCCUUUACGAAUUACCCUUUUUUCGACUGCUGGAGCUGCUCAACCGAACCACCAAUUAUGCCUACGUAUUCGACCACUCGCACUCGAUGGACAUGCGUGGCAAGAGGAAUCUCUUUGGAGGAGCCUCCCACAGCUCCGAUCUUCCCCUGCUCCUGGGUCCCAGUCUCUUUCAGCAGAUAGCUCGUCGCAGAUUCAGUGGCGAGGAGGAGCAACUCUGCCGGAAAAUAAGAGGAGCCUUCGCGAACUUCAUCAAAAAUGGCAAUCCCACGCCGGGAAGGAUCUACGAUGGAUGGCUGCCUUACAAUAAGGAGAACCCGUUUGUCUACAGCUUGGGAGAGCAGGCGAGGAGUACCCAGGCAGGAUCGGUGGACGAAGCGGAGGUGGACAAGCUGCUCCGCGGAGAAACAGGAGUUCCCGACCGAAGUUUAUCGCGCAGCAAUCGUCAUGACACCUAUAGAGCAACUGCAGCCAACUCCUACAUGGCGAGUAAUCAACAGGAUUCCGGGUACUCCAAUCACCUGCAGAAGGUUUACGGCUUUUGGCAGGUGCUGCUCCCAUUGGAGAGAGUGGGUGACUUGAGCGAGGGAGGAGCUCUUGGACAACGAGUGCGGUUUUUGGAAGCGAGUGCCGAUGCAGCCCGCUAUCGCCAGGGAUUCUACGCCAUGUUGGGUCUGGUGUGCCUACUCCUCGCCUGCCUCUGCCUGUGUGUCUACCUUCUUCGAAGAGACCCGAAUCCCUUGAGACGACGCAGUGCCUCGUCGGCGUCGGAUUGCUACAGCUUAUGACAUAAGUGGUUUCGUUGGACGACCAUCUUUGGGGACCGGAAGGACGAGGGGCCAACGACCUCGGGCAUUGCCAAUGUCGAGUCCUGGCGCAAAGGUGGUCGUGCAACGAAACGGACGGCGGAUGGAAGCGGAGAAGCGGAAUCUGGAGGUGGAGGAGGUCAUCUUGAGGGCGAGCGACGAGAGCAGAUUCUCAAUAACCAGCGGGCAAGACGUCCCCGGCAACUACAGCCGUACGAUUUCAAGAUUGCCCACGCUAAUGGAGGAGCAGGAACUGGAUUCGGAACGGGAUCCGCAGGAGCAACCAGAAGCGGAGGCGGAGGUGGACCAAGAGCAGGAACGGGAGCGGGAUCGGGAGCUGGAGCUCCACCGGGAACUGUUGAGGAACUCCUGGACCCUGUCGCCGGCAAAUUCGAGCCGAGUGUGGCUGUUAGGAACUGGCAAUACCAGUUGACUUGUGAUAAGUUCUGAAAGCAAACCAAAAAUGUUAAUUGUAGUUUACGUAUUUUUACCUUACCUGUUUACACCGUAAUUAAAUAAACGAAUAUUUUACACAAAAA